CACGGCUCUCACACUGUAAGGAGGCGGAUACCGCGGAAGAGAGUGUUGACUGCGAGCUCUGAAGUGGCACAUGGAGCCCAUACAGUAACAAAAUGCUCUUUUGCAGCGUGGCGAAAACAUGACAUGACACGGAACGCUUAAACUUUUAGCUCGUCCAUUCUUUUUUUUUUCCACUGACGAGCUGACAGCUGUAUAUGAAUACAUAUAUAUUUUUUGAAUGUUUCUUUGACAGCCGCGCGCGCGCUGACUAUUUUUACUCCUCGGUAGAAGGCAGACAGUAAAUGCGGCAGCGCUGGCAGCUCGCAGCUGAUUCGCGAGACUUGUGCCAGUCGUGUGGGGCUGCACGGAGCGUUUGUGCGUGUUAGUGUGAGAGGACAGGUUGAAAUAAGGUGACAGGCUGAGAUGGACGACCUGAUCAGAUCUUGUGAGUGCACCUUAAUCGAAGGAGAGAGAGAGUAAGUGAGCGCGGAGAGAGAUGGCAGCCUCGAGUAACUCCAGUCUGUCAGGUUCCUCCGUGUCCUCCGAUCCUGAGGACUACCAGCCACCAAUAUGGAAAUCCUACUUGUACCAGCUACAGCAGGAGGCGCCGAGACCAAAGAGAAUAACAUGUCCACAGGAGAUCAAGAGCAGGCCCAAGUACUAUGGCCGAGAGUUCCAUGGGCUGGUCUCUAGGGAGCAGGCAGAUGAGCUUCUGGGUGGAGCCGAGGGGGCUUACCUCAUCAGAGAAAGCCAGCGGCAGCCUGGAACUUUCACACUUGCAUUGAGGUUUGGAGGCCAAACUCUAAACUACAGGCUCUUCUACGAUGGCAAACACUUUGUGGGAGAGAAGCGGUUUGAGUCAGUGCAUGACCUGGUCACAGACGGCCUCAUAACUCUCUAUAUCGAGACCAAAGCAGCUGAGUACAUCGCCAAGAUGACCACCAACCCCAUCUACCAGCAUGUGGGCUAUACGGCAUUACUGAGAGACAAGAUGAGCCAGCGCCUGAGCCGAGCUCGAUCUGAACCCAAGAAAGUCACCUUCCAACAGGAUGACAAGAUCUCCAACUCACCACUGGGCAGACGCAGUGCUCUGAAGGACGGGUCCGAGAAGCAGUGCAACUACGAGAAGGUCCAUAAUUUUAAGGUACACACCUUCAGAGGCCCACACUGGUGUGAAUACUGUGCCAACUUCAUGUGGGGUCUCAUUGCCCAGGGUGUACGCUGCUCAGAUUGUGGACUGAACGUGCAUAAGCAAUGCUCAAAACUGGUGCCCAGCGACUGCCAGCCAGACCUGCGGCGCAUCAAAAAGGUUUUUAGCUGUGACCUCACCACGCUGGUUAAAGCUCACAAUACACCACGGCCUAUGGUCCUGGACAUGUGCAUCAGAGAAAUAGAGCUCAGAGGACUGAAGUCAGAAGGGCUUUACAGAGUGUCCGGUUUCACAGAACAUAUAGAAGAUGUGAGGCUGGCCUUUGACAGAGAUGGUGAGAAAGCAGAUAUCAGUGCUAAUGCAUAUCCAGACAUCAACACCAUCACAGGAGCUUUGAAACUCUAUCUGAGGGAUCUGCCCAUCCCUGUCAUCACAUAUGACGUCUAUUCCAAAUUCAUACAGGCAGCCAAAAUAAAUGACCCUGACACCAGGCUAGAAGCAAUCCAUGAUGGCCUGCUACAGCUUCCUCCUGCCCACUAUGAGACUCUUCGCUACCUGAUGACCCAUCUAAAGAGGGUCACUAUGUAUGAAAAAGACAAUCUCAUGAAUGCAGAGAAUCUUGGAAUCGUCUUUGGUCCGACUUUGAUGCAGCCACCAGACCAGAACACACUAGCCACCCUCAACGAUAUGAGGCACCAGAAACUGAUUGUUCAGCUGUUGAUUGAGCAUGAAGAUAUCCUCUUUUAAAGCCAUGAACUGUAAAGAUUUUGCUCCUAUGAUGAAGUCAGUGGUAGACAUUCUUUAAAUUUAAAGAUCAUGUUUUGGUAGAGAACAGUCUUAAUUGGAUUAAAGUGUACAUUUAAUGUAACAUAUUCUAAAUCACCAAUAGUAGAUUAUAAGAUCAGUAACAUGGGCACUACUGUAAGCCUGAUCUUGAGACUUGAUUGCUGUCAUGAUCCAGUAUGAAUCCUCUUAAUAAUUUUUUAUGCAACUUCUUAUUUAAUAUGAUCUGAUGCAGAGCAAAUCAUGAGAUGAAUAAUGAUGAUAAAAUAUCAAUUGUUUUUGUAUAUAUAAGUUGUUUGUAUGGUACAGUAUAAUUGCAAAGGGUACUGUUUCUCCAGAAGCCAAAUAAUGUAAACGACCCCCAUGGUACAUGACUGAUGGUUCCACGGUUAGUAUGUUGCACUGAUAAUGGUUUAAUGUUUCACUAUGGGUUAAAAAAGUUGUUCAUUCUUGUGGUGUGUAUAUGUACACAUUUGUAAUGUGUUUUUCAAUGACAAGACCCAAUAUGAAGCACUUUUUUCUUUUGCAAAGAUUGUAAAUAUUUUGAUCUGUAUUUUUUCUGAAUUUGGUGUUGAUAAUUUUAAAUGUCAUCUCCAUUCAUUUUCCUUUCCUUAAGGAAAGGGUACUGAUGCCAUUCAGUGCGGUUCUCUUGUGCUUGUAUAUAAUCAUGGCUUAUUACUGUAAAUUCUGAUACUGAGGAGCAUUCUGACCAUCUCAAACUGUGAUGUAGACAUGUGAGCCAGUGCACACGGAUGAAAGCAGUGGAUGGUGCCAUACCUCAUAAUCAGGCCAUUUAUGAAAGAAAUAAUUGUCCCGUUCUGAUGCUUUUGUCUCUGUAUGAUGAAUUUGCUCAUUUGAUAUGAGAACUUUCUAAAAAUGUGUUUUAUUAAAAAAAAAUAUUUUCUGUGCAGGAUGUAAUUAUGAUUGUAAUUUAUCAAAUUAAUUAAAUUACAUAAAUCUGA